CUGUGGUAACUGUGUUGUACGGCUGCAGAGAUGCGAGACGCAGAAAAACAACGAGAAACGCUGGAAAUGGAAAGGCAGGACGGGGAAGAGGACAGAAAAAAAUAAAGAAAGACAAAGAAACCGCCUGAGAUGUUCGGAGACGCCGACGAACACUGUCUUUGUGGCGCUAUUUGGAGAUAAAGAGGAAAAAACGCGAGGAGAGAUCGGAUUGUGCAUUGAUCCGAAUACAGGGGAACGGGAGGGGUCGAUCAUGGGGAACGAAGCGAGCCUGGAAGGAGGCGAAGGGCCGCUGUCUGGGCUACCGGAGGGGCUGGCACCCGACGGGAAGGGCGGCUUCGUCCGGGUCUCCGACGGGACUCCGGUCAACCUGAGCGAACUCAGCGAGGAGCAGAGGAGGCGGCUCGACGCGGCGGUGUCAAGGGCGCAAGGCAGGCAGCCCGGAGGCGCAGCAGCUGCACGAAGACCUUCAGAAUCUGAUGCCCACCAGCGAUCUCCACAGGCGGGGGCCUCCAGGGGCCCGACAGGUCUCAGUAAAAGUCGAACUGUAGACGCUUUCAACCAGGGUCCACCUGGGAGAGCCACACCGGGCCGCAGCCCCUCGUCCCUCAGCCUUUUUGAAUCCAGAUUCCGGCAGGAGCCAAAAGACUCAGAGCCCAAGUCGACCGGCAUGUUUGGCUCCAGCUUCCUGAGCGGGGCCAACCCCCUCAGUGCUGUGUCCUCUAUGACCUCCUCUGUGUCGUCCUCCAUAUCGUCUAUGGGCGAUUCUGUCAACAUCUCCAAGUUGGGACUGUUUGGUGAUGAAGAGGAGGGAGAUGCAUCUUCGGCACCUGAGUCAAAGCAGGGAGGGAGGGGCCCAGGGAAGGGCCCUCAGCAGGGACCAGGUCCGAAGGGACCACAGCAGGGAGGACCCCAGAAACAGGGACAGGGCCCUCCUGGGCAGGGGCCAAGGCCAGGGCAAGGACCUCCUGGUCAGGGACCUAGGCAAGGUCAGGGGCCCAAACCAGGACAAGGCCCUCCUGGCCAAGGGCCCCCUGGGCAGGGUCCCAGGCAAGGCCAAGGACCACCAGGUCAAGGCCCCCUAGGGCAGCAGGGACCUAGACCAGGUCAAGGACCACCAGGCCAAGGUCCCCCAGGGCAGCAGGGACCUAGACCAGGUCAAGGACCUCCAGGCCAAGGAGCCAAACAGGGUGGACCCCCUCAGCAAAAAGGUGGCCCACCACAACAAGGACCAGGGAAACCUGGACCCAAGCAGCAAGGGCCACAAGGUCCUGGGGCUCAUCCCAGGGAGCCGCCAGCAAAGGGUGCGGACCCCCCUAGUCAGCAGGGAGCUGGGAAGCCUGCAGGUGGACUCUGUCCCCUGUGUAAGACCACCCAGCUGAACACUGGAUCUAAGGACCCGCCAAAUUAUAAUAACUGCACUGAGUGUAAGAACCAGGUCUGCAGUCUCUGUGGAUUCAGCCCCCCAGACUCAGCGGGUAAAGAGUGGCUAUGCCUGAACUGUCAGAUGCAGCGAGCGAUGGGAGGAAUGGAUCCCCCCGGCAUGACGAGGCCCAAGCAAGGCUCAGCUCCACCCUCGCCCCAGAGACAGGCACCUGGGAAGCCUGGUAAGCUGCUGAUCAAGCAGCAGAGCACCACCGACCAAGGGUUAACACCGCCAACCACACCCAGGCAGAAAUCCCCUGGUCCUACAUCUCCAGGACCGCUUUCCCCGGGCUCCUCUUUGGGAGGUUCCCCUAAAAUUGACCCCAAGACCGGUCGUCCCAUUCAGCCGAAAUCCAGUCCCCAGCAGUCUCCCGCGAAAGCGAAACAGGAGUCCAGCUUCUUCGGAGGGUUGGGAGGUAUCAGUUUAGGAGGCCUCACAGAUGCAGCUAAGCCUCCUGCAGCUGCCUCCCAAGCUGCCGAGUCCGUCACAGGGAAACUGUUCGGCGGGUUUGGUGGGUUGAUGGAAUCGUCGAAGCCUCAGCCUCAGGCGCAGGUGGCGACGAAACAGGAGGAGUCGGUGACUGGGAAGUUGUUUGGAGGUUUCGGAGGGUUGAGCGAUUCAGCCAAGCCUCCCGCGGCCGCAUCGCAGAUGUUCAGCUUUGGGUCGUCCCUCUUGAGCUCAGCCACCAAUCUCGUCACUGGGGAGGAAGAGAAAGCGGCGGCUGCUCCGCCCGGGUCACCGCCGGACUCCCCCGCUGACUCCGGACCAGGCUCUCCUCCGGAUUCUGACCCCGGUUCGCCUCCCGACUCUCCCUUCUCCGCCCCCGGGUCUCCCCCUGAUUCGGACUCUGCUCCUGACACCCCACCUGCUAAGUCCAAGAAACCACCCAGAACCAUUUCUGUGGAGCAGAAAGAGAAGGCACCGCCAGCAGCCGAACCUCCUCCUACUCCAGCUCCUGCUCCAGCCAACGCGACCAAGGAAAACUGUCCUCUCUGUAAUGUGGAGCUGAACAUUGGAUCUGCAGACACACCCAAUUACAGCCUUUGCACGGAGUGCAAGAAGUCGGUGUGCAAUCUGUGUGGAUUCAAUCCUACACCUCACUUAGGGGAGAAAGAAUGGCUUUGCCUCAACUGCCAGACCCAAAGAGCCAUGGCGGGCCAGCUGGGAGACAUGCCACCUCCAUCUAUGGCAUCCCCAAAGAAGGAACCACCUACUCCUGCUCCCGUACCUCCCUCCACCCUUACCCCUGCUGCUGUAGAUAGCAAACAUUUAGUAGAAGCAGCAGGCCUAACCCCACCAGCUCCUGAGACCAAGGUAGUGCCUCCAGCUAUUCCUGCAACCCCUACUGAUAGCACACUAAUUUCACCUUCUGAUAGUAACCCUCAUCCCGAGACCACCCCACAGCAAACAGAACAGACAAAAGAACUAGAACAACCUCUAAACGAUGAAUCAGCACCUGAGAAUGUAAUUCAUUCUGAACAAGAAGGUCACAUUACAGAGAGUGUAGAAGCAGCAGCAGCUGAGAAACAGCAGAGCAGCUCAGAGGAAAUGGCAGGGGACCAUCCUCACCCUGAGACACAACCAUCUGACUCUGAUCAAAAACCGCUAAGCACAACUGUCAAUGAAAUCCCAGCCAUUGAGCAACAACAGAGUAGUUCUGAGAAAGCAGCAGAGGACCAUCCUCAGCCACAUACAGAGAUAUCUAAUGUUGAGCCAACAACACAGAGUGCAUCUGUCAUUGAAACCCCAGCAGUUCAGCAACAACAGGGUAGCUCUGAGAAUGAGACAGAGGCCCUUUCUCUCCCUGUGGAAGGUGAGACGCAGAAUCUAUUGAGAAAUACAGGUUUAGACAAGACAACUGUCCCUGAUGAAGCAGAAACUGAGCCAAAUCCCAAGAUUACCGAGGCUGAGGCUCCCCUGGCAGAUAAUGAGAAAGUGGAGCCCACUCCAGAAAAGCCUCCAGAAGUGACAACACAUUCAGCUGAGCCAAAGCCUGCCUCGAUCCCCGAAGCUGUCACGCAGACAGCAUCUCCCAUUCAGCAAGAUCCUACAGAUAUAAAUGUAAAAGAAGAGAAAAUAUUAGAGGUUUCAAAUGAGAAACCCCAAAUAGAUGAAGCCCAACAAACUCUAGCUGUACAAACCCCAUCAGAAGGAACAGACACGGCUUUAACUGUGGACCAGAAAGAUAUCGCUACAAAACCAGAGGCUGACAGUGUCCAGAAUAAUGUUACUGCAGAAAUAAAGCCAGAACCAGUAGCUCCAGUAGCCCCUGUCGACAAAGUUGAUGUCCCUAUACCAGACAAGGCUCAGGAAGAACUACAACCAGAACCAGAAAAAUCAGAAAGUCCUUCAUUCGUGUCAGACGAGCAAUCUGUCUCGGCUUCAGGGGGUAAAAUUCAGGCAAAUGAAAGGGAAAACGAACCAAUAGAAAAAGAAACAAAUGUAAAAGAGGAGAAAACACUAGACAUUUCAAAUGAGAAACCCCUAAUAAAUGAAGCCCAACAAACCCCACCAGAGGCAACAGACACAGGUUUAACUGUGGACCAAAAAGAUAUUGCUACAAAACAAGAGGCUGACGGUGUCCAGAGUACUGUUACAGCAGAAAUAAAGCCAGAAGCAGAACCAGUAGCUCCUGUAGCCCCUGGUGACAAAACGGACACCCCUAUACCUGACAAGACUCAGGAAGAAUUAAAACCAGAAGCAGAAAAAACAGAAGGUCCUUCAGUAGUGUCAGAAGAACAAUCUGUCUCAGCUUCAGGGGGCAAAGUUCAGGCAAAUGAAGAGAAAAACAAACCAACAGAAAAACAAACAAAUGUAAAAGAGGAGAAAAUGAUAGAGGUUUCAAAUGAGAAACCCAAAAUAAAUGAAGCUCAACAAACUCCAGCAGCACACACCGAGUCGGAAACAAUAGACACAGCUUUAACUGGGGACCAAAAAGAUAUCACUAACAAACCUGAGAUUGACAGUACUGCAGAAAUAAAGCCAGAAGCAGAACCAGUUGCCCCUGUAGCCCCUGUUGACAAAGCUGAUGUCCCUAUACAUGACGAGACUAGAGAAGAAUUAAAACCAGAAAAAUCUGAAGGUCCUUCAGUAGUGUCAGAGGAACAAUCUGUCUCACCUUCAGAGGGAAAAGUUCAGGCAAAUGAAGAAGAAAGCAAAUCAACAGAGAAACAAACAAAUGUAAAAGAUGAGAAAAUAAUUGAGGUUCCAAAUGAGAAACCCAUAAUAAAUGAAACCCAACAAACUCCAGCAGCACAAACUGAGCCAGAAGCAAUAGACACAACUUUAACUGUGGACCAAAAAGAUACUGAUACAAAACCAGAGGCUGAUGGUGUCCAGAAUACUGUUACUGCAGAAAUAAAGCCAGAAGCAGAACCAGUAGCUCCUGAAGCCCCUGUUGACAAAGCUGACGUCCCUAUUCCAGACAAAGAAGAAUUAAAACCAGAAUCAGACAAGUGUAUAGAAUCAGAAAGUCCCACAGCAGUGUCAGAUGCACCAGCUUCAGAGCGGAAAAUUCAGGCAAAUGAAGGGGAAACCAAACCAACAGAAAAAGAAACAGAGCAACUUCUUAUGGCAGACAACUCAACUCCCUUUGUUCCAUCUGACAGAGAAACUAAGGCUCUAGAGAAAGCCAAUGAGGGGAACAUUGUUGAAAAUAAAGUUUCUCAGGAAGCCAUUAAUUAUGAAGAAACAGCUAUGCAGAGAAUACCUGAGGGGCCUGAUGAGGAAACAUCAGUCGAGAUAAAAACAAAUGCAGCUGCAGAGAGGGCCAUUGAGGUAAAAGCUGACGUAAGAAAAGCUUCUGAAGAAGAGCCAGCUGAACAGAAAAUAGUUGAGAACACAAAUGACGAGAAACCUCGGGAGGAGUGCGCUAAUAUAGCAAGAUUGAGUCCAGCUCUGAACUGUGCUGAAAACGAGACUGUUUGUCCCGUAAUAGAGAAGAAUGAAUCAGAACCAGCAGCAGAGCUCGCUCUGACUGUCCCUGAGGAAAUGCAAAAAGAAGAAAUACAAAUGCAUAAAGAAAUAGAGCAAGCAACAAAUGAUACGCCUGCUGGGAAAAACCUUGCUGAGACAGUGUCAUUACCAGAUAAAGUAGAGGAUAAGAAGUCUAUGUGCAAAACAGAGAGUGUAUCACAGAAAGAGGAAAAUCAGACACCAGAAGAAGCAGUAUUAAAAGAAGAGGUUAACACAGUUCCCUCACCUGCUGAUUCUAAAGAGCAAAAAAAGGUCAGUGUCGAGGUGUCAGAGCGAAGUGUAGAGACGUCGUUAUCCCCAAGUGUUAUUAGUGAGACACAAGCCAUAGAUAAAGCCUGUGAGGAGAAGCUCUUCCAGGAUGAGGCCGAGGCUGACUCACAAAAGACAAACAGUAGCUCUGGAAAUCAACAUGCAGCAGACACUGAUACUUUCGCUCUGACAGACAGUGAUGAGAAACAGCGUGAGAAAGUUGCUGAGGUGUCAAUCAAAGAGACGGAAGCAGAACAUAAGAAAAAAGAGGAUGAGACACAACCUGUUGCAGGCAACAUCCUGAAGGCUAUUUCAGUAUCAGAGAAGAGCACAGUGUGCGACAGAUCUGGCACUGCAGAGUCUGAAGUAGGAGAGAACAAAGUGUCAAAGGCGGAUGAAGUAUCAGAGGCAGGUCUUGAAAAUGGAAGUGUGUCUGUAUCUGUAGCUUCUGUCCCUGUAGCAGAACCUGAAACCCCAGUUUCUGUAGUUAUUGAGCAGGAGAAAGGCCAAAAGGAAGAGAAUGCCGAUAUGGAGACGAAAGAGGAGGCUAAAGUUUUACCUCUGGAAAAGUUCAUUGAUGAAGAUGCUGUCUCUGAGGUGAAAACAGUGGAGACUUUGAAGGAGACUGGAAUGAAAGAAGCACCUGUCAACGAGGGCAGUCCCACCAGCCCAUCAGAUCUAGCAAAGCUGGAAAGCACCGUCCUUCCCAUUCUUGAGGCGCAGACAACCGCGCAAGAAGAGGAGAAACGAACGGACACUCUAAAGACCAGACGUAAAUUAGAGGUACUUCCUCUCUCGCCUGACUCACCAAGCUCAGAAGAGGACAGAGAACUUUCCGAGAAGACUUUCAAAGGUACCACAAAGAAAAAACUCCUUGUCCCCAUGGAUGUAAGGGCAGAUUCCUUGGAAGAUUCUAGUGAAAGCUUUGGAAAGGAAAGCCCAAUGUCGGGAGAUGAUGAGGAAUUUAUCAGAAAACAGAUAAUUGAAAUGAGUGAGAAUGAGGAUGCUUCCCCAUCUGAUGAGGAAAAUAUAGUACGACAAAAGAUCAGAGAGCAAGAGAAGAGACAAAUGGAUCAGAAGAAAACAGAUACUGUAGAGAAAAGCCUAUCAGGAAAAACCAGACGACUCACCAAGAAAACCACUAUAAGUCCAGAUGAUGAAGAUAAUGAAAUCCACAUCUCAUUGGCUGAACAUGAUAAAGAAAAAGAGGAAGGACUAGAACCAAAAGAAGAACAGCGUGGUACAGCAGUUCGCAAAUUCCAAACGAUGGAGCUUAAUGCAACAAGCAGCCCAUUAUGUACACAUAAUGAUGAAGGAGAGCCUGAAAUGGAAAGCCUGACGGACUCUCCUGAUGAUCGGUCUAGAGGUGAGGGGUCUUCCAGUCUACAUGCAUCCAGCUUCACUCCUGGAACAUCCCCAACAUCCCUCUCAUCACUGGAUGAAGACAGUGACAGUAGUAGUCCUAGCCAUGCCCGUGCUGGUGAGGGUAAACAACACAGGAAAGCCAAACACAGGCAACCCGGUCAAAUGCUACCAACUAUUGAAGACUCUUCUGAGGAGGAGGAGUUACGGGAAGAAGAGGAACUGCUAAGGGAGCAAGAAAAACAGAAGGGCUCAGGGAAAAAGUCCAAGAAAGACAAAGAAGAGAUUCGAGCCCAGAGGAGACGAGAGCGUCCAAAGACACCACCAAGCAACCUUUCACCUAUUGAAGAUGCCUCGCCAACUGAAGAACUGAGGCAAGAAGCUGAAAUGGAGGAGAUCCGACGAUCAUCAUGCUCUGACUUUUCCCCCAGUAUUGAAUCAGAUCCUGAAGGGUUUGAAAUCCAUGCUGCAAAGAUUGCAGCUGUCCAAAAAACAUAUCAGUUGCCUAUAUCUGUAUCUCUUCACUCCCCAACAGAUGAUGAAAACACUGAGAACGUACAGAAGAAACCUCUGAAAUCUGCUGAUGAGGCUUAUGAAGAAAUUAUGUUGAGAGCCAAGUCUCCAACAACUGACAAAGGUGAGAUUCAACCACAAAAAGAGUCCCUUUAUGGAGGCAUGCUCAUUGAAGACUAUGCCUAUUCAUCUCUCAUCGACAACUCAACGACUGAUCUGGGGGAACCAGAGAAGAUUAUUGUCCCUGCGCAGCCCAAAAAGCUGAGAUCACCAGAUGAAGUUUAUGAAGACAUGAUAAAGAAGAGAAAAGAAUUCAUGCAGCUGGAGCAGGAAUAUCAGAAGAUGCAGCCAAAAAGCACUACCCCAGAAAUUGUUCUGCAACCUGCAGAGACUACCUUCUUCAGAAACAGUACAAUAACAUUAGACAAAGAUGGGAAGCCACUGUUGGAUGCUGAAACUGCCUACGAAGAGCUAAUGAAAAGAGUACUCACUCCUGGAACAAGUCCAACUCAACAGGGCCCCGAAGUGGAAGCUACUGCAUCUAGAAAAGCACUCCAUCCUAUCCCAGACUUAAAGGUGACUCAGUGCUCUUCUGGGGAGGUAUCCUCUGAUGAAGAAUACAGUGCAAUUAAAAAGGAAGAUGAGAUAACUGCUGUGUCAGACGUGUCGGCAGCAACAGACAGUGAGCCUGUGAAAGACUUUUCUCAACCUCCUUCAUCCUCCACAUCAAAUCAGGAACCUCACACCACAAUCACAGCAUCCCAGGCUGAUAUUGUGGACUUAUCUAAUGCAUUCCCAAGAACAUCAACCCCUGUGAUUUCCAGCGUGUCACCCUUGCCCACAGUGCCCCAGUACACACCCAGUACACCCAGUGUAGUGUCAACUGCCCCACCCAUACCCCCCAAGCCUAAUGUACUGCGUAGGGAUAAUUCUCAGGAAAAAGCAGAAGAAGCUGUUGCACCACUGCCUCCUCCUACCCCACCUAAACCUACAGUUUUUCCCAGGAAACCCCCAGUUCCACUUCCACCUCAGGCUUCAGCAACUUCAGUAAGGCCAGAGACAGUGGCUAUGAAUAUGACCCAAGGACCCUCUACAAGACCAGCAGUUACUCCAACGUACAAACCUCACGUUCCCCCACCUGUUCCUCCAAAGCCAUCCAUUCCUGCAGGAAUUGGGGACAGCCACAGACCAGGACAUAGUGUCAAACCACCAAUUGCACCAAAGCCUGGCUCACAGCCUUCUUCACCUGCCCAUACUCCUCACCCACCAAGACCCACUGUACUUCCUACAAGUCCCAGUGACACAGUCCUGAAUCUCAGCCCCUCUUCUGAAAGCAAGACGUUUCAACCCUCGCCCUCUUCUCCAAGAUAUGCCCGCAAUCUUCGGGACACAUAUGUGGUCAUCACACUGCCCUCUCAACCAAGCUCUCCAGUAGACAAUGUCACAACUCAAGCUCCUUCUAGCCCUAGCCCAGCAUCAUCUGCACACCAGCCUCAGCCAGAGAGUUAUCAGCAACCACAUCCUCAACCUCAGUCAUAUUCUCAGCAGCAUCAACAAACAGUUCCUCCCCAACAAACCAGGGUGCCUCUGGCAUAUACACGUGUCACAGAAUCUAUUGAAAGUCAAGAGAUUUGUGGCCCAGAAAAACAUGUUUCUAGUUCUUGUCAUAUAAUUGAGGCUAUAUCUGCCUCAGCUCAGGCACCAGUGGUUAUGCCUAACCUCAUCUCUCAAGUGGUCACUACAGAAGUUCAAAGAACCACUGUUUCUGUUGUUCAUGAAAGGACAACACCUCCAGUGCCAGCUCCAAGGGCAAAUGGUGUCCCAAUCUCAAUGGAGAAACCGAAGCCUCAGGUGCCAGCACAGAAUGGUCAUGGCUUUCAACCUUCUGAAGUGGUAGAUCUAAGAACAAUGAAGGUGGAUCCAGGAUCAGACAUGAAUGGCGUAGAUCUUUCUGCUAGCCCAGACUCAAGACGUCAGUCGUUUGUAACUGAUGUCAGUCGUCAAAACAGUGCAGUGCAGUCACCUGUGGUUAACCUCAGUGCUGAAUCAUCCACUGUUUCCAUUGUGACUGAUAGUAUUACCAUUGUGACUUGUGCUGCUACAAUCCAGCGAUGUGACAAUGUUGACACCUCUCAAGCAUCUUCAAUGCCCCUUCAGCUAACAAAAAAUAAGGCAUUUGAACCAGUUUCUCAAAUAAUAUAUCGGCCAAUUGAUUCUCAGCCCUCUACUCAUGCUACUGCAGAGAUCCCUAUAAACCUCUCAGUUGGAUCGAGCACAGGUGGAGGGGCUUUCCAAAGCACCCCUAUCACUAUUGCACCCACUUCUGUUCCAAGUUGUGUUGCCAACGGAUUAACAACAGGUAUAACCACAGUAGCUGGAGCUGUUGACCUCAGCACGACAAAACCAUUCAACACUUUGGUGUCGGUGGAUGCUGCCUCUGCAGAAGUGCUUACGGCUGUAGUCACAGAUGAUGGCAAACCAGUGGAUCUGACAGCAGGAAAGAAAUCUGUGUGCUGUGAUGUUGUCUAUAAGUUCCCAUUUACAGGAAGUUGCACCACACAGCAACCUACCACACCCCUGCCAGAAGACCGUUUUGGAUAUCGGGAUGACCAUUAUCAGUAUGACAGAUCUCCUUACGGCAUGAGAGGAUUUGGUGGAAUUAAGCCAUCAAUGUCAGAUACUAACUUAGCAGAGGCUGGUCUGUUCUUAUAUAAGAGCAAGAACAGCUAUAAUUUUAGUGGCACGACAGAGGGUGCAGUAGAUCUUACCUCAGCAAAGAUUUCUGAUGCAGGUGAAGCUGUUGACUACUCCAAGAAAGGGACUUACGCUGGAAUGACAAUUCCGCCCUAUUCCCAAGCAAGAGUCACAAGUGCUGUUGGUACACUCUUUGGUACAAGCAGUGUUUUGAGGUCAUCAAAUGGAGUGGUCUAUUCUUCUGUUGCAGCACCAAUUCCAUCUACUUAUGCCAUUACCACUCAGCCAGGGUCCAUAUUUAGUACAACAUAUAACACUCUGUCUGGUAUGCACACCAGCGACACCAUGCCUUCUCUUUCCAACCUCCAGAACCUGCCACUUACACGUUCCCAGAGUUUUCUGUCCACUAUCUCAAUUACUGCAACAGAAGAACAAGGAGAUGCCCCUCUCAAUCUAGAAAUAUCUAGAGUGGAUACUACUGCUGUCACUACAGCAACAACCUCGUUAUCCCUUGACACCUACACUGAUGCUUCUCUGGAGGCCAUAGCUGCUUCACUAGAGGCUCUGUCUUCACCCAUGGUUCCUGGGGAUGGCCAGUAUCAGGCAGAACGUGAGAGGCUGGAAAUGGAGAAACUCAAGCAACAGCGCUUGGCCGAGGAAUUAGAAUGGGAGAGACAGGAGAUCCAGCGGUUCCGUGAACAAGAACAGAUCCUGGUACAGAAGGAACUGGAAGAGUUGCAGGUCAUGAAGCAACAGAUAUUGGCCCAACAAGAAGAGGAAAGACAGGCUCACCUUAUGAUGCAGAAAGAAACCUAUGCCCAGCAACAGCAGCAGCUUGAGCAGAUUCAGAGGCUCCAAGAGCAACUCCGUAUGCAACUUGAAGAGCAAAAGCUUCGUCAGAUGUACCCUGGCGGGGACACACCAGGGCGUGGCUUGCAGGAGGCAGUUGUCUUAGGACCUGAUGGUACAGUACUGGCACGAAAGAUCACUGACAGUGGGUGUCAGACUGAUGAAGAGGAUGAAACAGUCAGCAAAGCUUAUACAGCAGGGAGAAAAAAGAGAAGCGUUAAAAAGAGUGUAGACAGUUGUGUGCAGACUGAUGAUGAGGAUCAAGAGGAAUGGGAAGCUCAGACAAGAAGCCGACAAACCCGACCACGUACAGCCAGGGGUGAUAGGGGUGGUCAUUCAGAGAUGUCUCUUCAAGCCCACACUGAGAUUUCUAUACAAACGGAUACAGAGGGGAACAUUAUAAUGGACACCAGGAUGGAACUGUCUGACUCUGAAAGGACCUCACCAAAGAAACGACCUACUCCCUUAGAAAUAGGCCAAUCUCCUAACCUCAAAGCUGAUUCCUCUACGCUUCAAGCCCCUCCUAAAUCUCCCAAAGUGCUUUAUUCCCCCAUAUCCCCUUGUAUAUCACCUAGCAAAUCCCUUGAGUUUGUUUCAUAUGAUAAGUCACUAGGUGAUACAAGCCCACAAAAGCUAAGAGGCAGUACAGAUCCAUCAAAAACCUCUCCAGCAAGUCCCAGAGGAUCGAAAUCCAUGCAGAGGUCUAUGUCUGACCCUAAGCCCAUGAGCCCAACAGGAGAAGAAAGAGGAAGUUCUGGCACCCAGUAUGGUGAUAGUUAUACUGGGAAAGGCUCAGGCGGCACACCAACAGGCACUCAAAAGAAGGUGAAAAGAACUCUCCCCAAUCCACCAUCAGAGGAUGAAUCAACAACCACUGGCCAAACAGCUUACAGUACUGGUUCUGCCCGCCGUCGGAUGUGCCGUAACUCCAACAUGGCACGUGCCAAGAUCCUGCAAGACAUUGAUCGUGAGCUAGAUCUAGUGGAGCGUGAGUCUUCCAAGCUCCGCAAAAGACAAGCAGAAUUGGAUGAAGAGGAGAAAGAGAUAGAUGCCAAGCUUAGGUACUUGGAGAUGGGAAUUAAUCGUAGAAAAGAUGCACUACUGAAGGAGAGAGAAAAGAGGGAAAGGGCCUACUUACAGAGUGUUGCAGAAGAUAGAGACUACAUGUCAGACAGUGAGGUUAGUAACAUAAGAGAGACUAGAGGUGGACUUGGCGCUGGUGAAGACGAGGAGAUUGAAAGUCAUGGUUUAGAACGUCCAAGGACAGCUCCUCAGUCAGAACUAGAUGACUUCGAGCCACCUCAAACCAAACAUGAAUAUGAAAAAUACCAGUACCAGUACAAUCAAACGCAAUAUCAGCAGUCUCUUUACCAGACUCCCCAGUCUUACCAGUCUCACUCGAUCUACUCCUCUGUCCCUUCGCUCACUACCUCUCAACAGCAGAGUUACCACCAGAUGCUUUUGUUGCAACAGAAAGCUGCAAGACAAGCAGCUCUACUCUCAGAACUGGAUGCAACUAAAUAUGAUGUCAUAAGCCGUCAGCCUGAUCCCACAUCAUCAGCCUACCUUGGGGUCAAGUAUGACAAAUAUGGCAACCACCUUGACCUCAGAGCCUUGGAGGUGGGAAGUAUAGCAAGUAGCCCAAUGUCAGCAGUAUCAGAUUCCUACUACACAGAUGUAGAUCACCAUACACCUCGGAGUUACAUGCUCCUUGAAGAUGCUGCCGAACUAGCUAAAGGCUCCACAGGCCUGUCUUCAUCUUAUAGUCUGGCUGAGAGAGAGCUGGCUAAGGCAGAGAAGUUGCUGCGUAGGAGUGCUGCAGAUCUUGGGUCUACUGACUAUUUGGGAUCCACCUCCAGACUCCAUACAUUUGGAAAGACCCCUGAUGAAGAGGAUACAAUGGAGGAACCCUAUGAACUGAAACUUCUGAAACAGCAGCUCAAGCAAGAGUUUAGGAGAAGUACGGGUGGGACAGAAAACUUAGAACAACUGACAGGUCUCUCUCAACACUACUAUACUCCAAGCACUAGCAUUUCUAGUUACUCCCAAAGACAUUACCCAAAGACAGAUAAGUAUAGCAUCAGUCGACUUACUCUUGAGAAGCAGGCAGCUAAACAACUCCCAGCAUCUAUGUUGUAUCAAAAACACAAGACUCCACUACUAGAUCCUAAAAUCUCCUCCAAGUAUUCCUCUAUUACAGACAGCAGGGGUUUGGAGACAGACUAUACCAGCUAUCUGGGGUCAACUAGUGCAUCUCCAAGAUCCAGUCGGCUCAUGCAGGAUGAGAUUACCUUUGGCCUUCGUAAGAAUAUUGCAGAGCAGCAAAAGUAUCUCGGGUCCACCUUGGGUGCCAACUUGGCUGGGUCUCUAAACUUAGGCCAGAGCUUGGGCUUGGACUCUGCCUAUCCUAGUGGUAGUCGCUCAAGACCCUCAUCUAGGCCCACAUCUUGCUAUGGUCUGGACUUGUCUAUCAAGAGGGACCCAUCCAGCUCUUCGCUGAGGCUUAAAGGAGAUGGUGAAGCAUCUGGAGAUGUGCCAAGUUAUCAAACCCCCUCUGGUCGCACUAAACCAACUAGCCUUCCGAUUGUUCAAAGUGGGCGUGGCCGAAUACCCAUAGUAGCCCAAAACUCAGAGGAAGAGAGUCCACUGAGCCCAGUUGGGCAGCCUAUGGGCAUGGCCCGUGCAUCGGCAGGACCUCUGCCCCCCAUCUCAGCUGAUUCGAGGGACCAGUUUGGUUCUUGCCUGUCUUUGCAGGAAUCCCAGCAGCAGCAACAUAUCAGGGAAGAGCCAACCAGGGGUAGGGGUUAUGUGCUGCUGGAUGACCUUCAGGGCACCAUGUCAGAUAGUGAAGCCCUAAGUGAAUCCCUGAUGGCUUUGAACAGAGACGAUGCACCCAAUGCCUACCACCUCAGACGAGAAGAGACAGACUGGUUUGACAAACCAAGAGAUGGACGGUCAGAGAAUGGACAGGAGAAGAGACAGGGAAAAGGCCCAUAUUACCCAUUCCCUCACCUCAGGGUCAAACUGCAGAGGGAUCCCAAAGACCGCAGUGUCUCAGGAAAUGGUCUGGGUAUCCGCAUAGUUGGAGGAAAAGAGGUUCCUGGCAGUAACGGAGACAUUGGAGCCUAUGUUGCCAAAGUCCUACCUGGUGGAGCUGCAGAACAAACAGGAAAGAUUCUUGAAGGAAUGCAAGUCCUGGAGUGGAAUGGUGUUCUUCUGACGGGGAAAACCUAUGAAGAGGUACAAGGGCUCGUCGGACAGCCGUGUAACGAGGCAGACGUGUGUGUCAGACUUGAUCUCAACAUGUUGGCUGAGUCUGAGGGUUCCCAUCACCUGGACUUCCAAGAGCCCAGCAAAGGGGACAGGCCCCCCAGGUCUCCGGGUGUUGAUCCCAAGCAGCUGGCGGCUGAGCUGCAGAAAGUGUCGCAGCAGCAGGCUCCCACAUCCACCUCGUCCUCCAGUCUGCCCGCCAACACCUCGGCGACAUCGAGUCCCGGGCAGCCGGGAUCCCCCUCCGUCAGCAAGAAACGCCACAGCAGCAAGACUUCAGAGGGAACGAAGACCCAGUCCCACCCCAUCUCUGGAGAGAUACAGCUGCAAAUCCACUACGACAAGCAGCUCGGCAACCUGAUCGUUCAUGUCCUGCAGGCCAGAAACCUCGCAGCGCGGGACAACAAUGGCUACUCCGACCCUUUCGUUAAAGUCUAUCUCCUGCCGGGGAGAGGUCAGGUCAUGGUUGUCCAGAACGCAAGUGCCGAAAACAAGAGAAAAUCCAAACACGCAGGCAAGAGUGUCAACCCUGAGUGGAACCAGACUGUCAUCUACAAGAACAUCCACCUGGAGCAGUUGAGGAAGAAGACUCUGGAGGUGAGCGUGUGGGACUACGACAAAUGCUCCUCAAAUGAUUUCUUAGGAGAGGUCCUCAUUGACCUGUCCAACACCGCGCAGCUGGACAACGUCCCACGGUGGCUCCCCCUCAAGGAGCAGAGCGAGGGGGAACACCACCGACGUUCGCACUCAAGCCAGGGCCGACACGGUUCUUCUAAACCCUCUUCGCAGCACUCCUCCCCUAAAACCGGCUCCUCGCAUGACAAUCAGGAUUCCCCCAAAUCAUCUGUCAUCAAGAGCCGAAGCCACGGGAUCUUUCCAGAUCCGUCCAAGGACACGCAGGUGCCCACUAUCGAGAAAUGUCACAGUAGUCCUGGCACAUCGAAGCCUUCCCCGUCCGAGGGCCAGAGCCAAAGCCACGGACACAGCCAACACUCUCGCUCGCACGGCGCUUCACGCUCCAGCAAAAGCGCCGCACGGCAACACCAUCAGGACGGCAGCAAUGGAAGCGGCGGAGGCGCUGCCAUAGCAACGGGCGAUGCCCAACAGCAGCCGCAGCAGCAGCAGCCGCCGCCACAACGCCUCCAACCAAGCCAAAGAGGCCGCCUCUCACUGAGGCACCAGAGACACAGCGUAGUGGGCGUGCUCACCAUUCAGAGAGCCCAGUCCGAUUGGCUGCCUCCCCUGCCAUCGAUUGUGUCGGCCAAAGGGAGCAGAGCGGACGGCAGACAUCUGACCCUCAGGAAAGCUGUGUCAGAAGAGAGGCCGCAGAGCACCGGAGCUCGCUCCAGCUACAGAUCCAGUGACGCCCCGGUCACAGCGGCCUCGCUGGACAGUGGCCUGAGUGGCAGCGCCUACAGCCUGUUGGACGAAGAAGGAGAGACAAACGAGGUGGACAGUGCCAUCUUCCAGGUGCCCCGAUUUGGAAAGAUCCCAAAUGGCACAGAUGCGGUGAAACCCUCAAUGGGACUAAGUGAGAUGGAAGGUAAGACCCAGGUAAUGGGAGAGAUAAAGAUCGCUCUGAAGAAGGAGGUGAAGACAGAGGGUGAGCACCUGGUCCUUGAGAUACUCCAGUGUCGCAACAUCACCUACAAGUUCAAGACUCCAGACCACCUGCCUGAUCUUUACGUGAAGCUCUACGUGGUGAAUAUCGCCACCCAGAAAAGGAUCAUCAAGAAGAAGACCAGAGUGUGUCGGCACGACCGCGAGCCUUCCUUCAACGAAACCUUCCGCUUUUGCAUGAACCCCACCGGACACUCAAUACAGCUGUUCCUGGUGUCCAAUGGUGGCAAGUUUGUGAAGAAGACCCUUAUCGGGGAGGCCUAUGUGUGGCUGGACAAAGUCGACCUACGCAAGCGAGUGGUGAGCUGGCACAAGCUGCUCGCCAGCACCGCCCAGAUCCACUCAUAGGAGGAGACUGAUAUUUAAUUAAAAAAGAUUAGUAAAUAAAAAAAAAAGCUGACCUCGAGAGGAUCAAGAGGUUUCUGACAUUCUGGGACUCUACGGUUCAACAUCUGUAACAAUGAUCCACUCGUAGGGCGGAUCGAGGCUUUCUCCAAUAACUUUCAGUGAAGUUCGGAUGGUGAUCUCUGUGACGCGGGAUGUUUGGUAGGAAGUAGUUUUGUGUUUACAGAUAAAUGAACACAUGUUUACAGGACGUUCGGUGUACAGUAGUGUAGACGGGGGUGAGGUGUUGAGUUCAGAGGUGAAGCGUGGAAUCAACCAGGUAUUACACACUUUAAUUCACAAACACACGCACGCACCGCUUUUCUCACAGUCACUCGCACAGAAGAGAAACUUUAACAGAUACAGGGAACGGACACACUUAGAUUCUGACUUAUUUAUUUAUUUAUUGAUUUAUUUAUUUAGAUGUUUUAUCCAUUGAAGAUACAGGCGCUCCUCGUGGCUUUAUUAUGAUCUGCAGAAUUUUAUCAGUCUCAUUUUGGGAAUGAAACACUGAAGACUCCACUACAGAGACCUCUUAUUUAUUUUUGUAUUACGAUAUUUAGGCUAGAGUCCUCUCAUUUUUGUCUUCUCCUCCUCGAUUAUUAUUAAAAAAAAAUCUAUCCCGGGAAGGAAGUAUAUUUUAUAACACACUACCUAGCAUUCCAAAAAAGGAAUAAAUAAUAAUAAUUCAGAAAAACAGCAGCAAGUAUGUUGUCCCCCACCCUUUUCAAGUUCUACCAAAUUAUUAUUGUUUAAUAAAUUAUAAAUAUUAAUAUAUAUCAAAUUUGACAUUAUAUAUAUAUCUAUAAAUAUAUAUAUAUUGUGCGCAUGAGUCUAUCUAUUUGCAGUGCCACAUGUUCUGCACAAAAAAAAAACACCUUUAAGGUUGUAUAUAGUGAAGUGUCAUUAACGAAUUAACACAUAUAAAUAGAUAUAUAGAAAUCUUUAUCACGGACAAUCGAGUCUCGAUGAUUGUGGCAUUUUCUUUAUCCUCGACGCCCCUUAGAAUGUGAGACGCUUUACUGUACGAGAUCUCUUGUUUUUUCUUCGUGAGGUACGAGCACAUUGCCAGUCCCGCACCGUUCGUUGGCGACCCGACAAACGCGCGCUUUUGUGGUGUUUUGCACUUCUGUUUUUUUUUUCUCACUUAGAAUGUAACACAGACGUCCUGCUACGUAAAAAAAAUUUUAAAAUAUUAUAAGGUGGGGAAGUAGAGAGGGAGAUUAUAGGCAACAUUGGGAAGCGCGAACAAAAAGAUAAACGUGCCAGAAACUAUUUUAAAACCACUAUUAGCUUCCUGGAACGGCUACUGCAGCAUCACCCUUUGUCUUGUUUUGUCUUGACGUCCCUUCAAACCCUCAGUCUUGUGUCUUUAAACGUGCCCAUUACGAUAAAUGUGUCUUUUGUGGCAGUCGAGACACAGUGCAGCUGGUUCGUUCGUCAUUUUCAGCUAAACUUAGCAGUAAAACACUUAAAUAUCCGAGUGAUUUCUAUGCAACAUCUACUGUAUGAAAGAAGUAUCUUGACUCGCCAGAAAUCGCGACACUUUGUGGGGAAACGUCCACCUUUCCUUUUUUUUUGCACUGCUGUCCUUUCACGUCCUCCACAAGCUGCUCGAAUAUUAUUUAUUCAACGAUUUUUUGUCUUUAUUUAUCGCUCUUGAGAUUUGUUUCAUACGUUGUAUUAUAUUUGUUUACAGUGCAUAUCAGGUGUACAGAUGGGCAAAGAAAAAAAAAAAUUAAGUUUUGUUUUAUACGCAGCCCAGUGCUUGUUUACAGCGUUUAGAGGGCCUCAAACUCAGAGAAUCAACCUUUUUCGCCCUUGUGCACGGACACACAAAAGCACCACGUAGCUACAAAACAAGAAAAAAAAAAUAAAUAGAAAAAGAUAGUUUCUGUUCAUUUUACGUGUGCACUCCUCUUUUUGAGUUUUCCAAGUGUGUGUCCGAGGAACUACCAUAAAGAGCGUUGUAAUCGGUGGACGUCUGACCUGAAAACGGUUUUCCAGUGUCUUUUCCUUGGUUUUAUAUCCCCAUGCUUGUGUGUGCAGCAUCUCCAAGUCCAUGCAUGUCAUCGGCUCUAAUGCAUAUCUCUUCUUUUAAGUGUUGUCUGUCUUAAAAUACCAACUCUCUCGCAAACACACAGUGAAUAACACACACACACACACAGAUGCCAUCUCUCUAUUUCCAACCUUGUAAAUACAUAGUUUUUUAUACUGGGGGUUUGGGGAGCAAUAUGUCUUUUAGCAGACAAAAAAAAAGACAAAAAAAGAAUCAAAUAAAUAAAUAAAGAGAGUGAUCAUGGACUUGGUCACUGUGCAGCGAGAUGAGACGGAGGAAGGAGCCUGUAUGUAGGGAACCCAGAUUUACCCGACCCUUUACACCAAACACUAACGGUCCACCAGAGUCUAACACAGAAGUCUAUCUUAACAACUCGAGUAGUUGCAGGAGAGUUUUAAAUGUGCUCACACUGGAUGUUGCAUGUUUCGUUGGUGGUUCAUACUAUUUUUGUGUCCAGAUACUAUUAAAGAAAAAAUACGAGAAUGAGGUAGAGAAAGAUAUAGAACAAAACGUUAUAAUAGAGGAGAGGGGACGGGGGAAUCAUGAGGAAAAACCUAUUAUAAUUAUUGACGAUGUAUGCUGACUGUACAAAGAUUAUUGCUUGUAAAACCUGUCUGGUUUUUCACUUGUAAGUAAACUGGAAAAAAAAAAUUAAAUCUACUGUCAUGGUUUUGUGAUUGUAUACAGGAGGUAUUGAUAAAUUAUGCAAAAUGUGCUGUAAAAAUGGCUGUUGCCCCAUGUCUAAAUAUUAAAUAUCAGUACAAAUGAA